GGGCCGAGCUAUGGUGCUGCUGGCGCGGCGAGCUCUGCAGGAGCGUUUUGCCGCCAAGCAGUGCGAUGGCGGGGCCGGCGAGGGCAUCGAGGCCGGCAGCCGGGUCCGCGUCCUGAGCGGCCGGCACUUUCCGCUCUUCGCCGCCGGAGACGAGGGCGACGUCAUCCACGUGGACCACGAGGCGCAGAAUUGCGACGUGCUGUUCGAUGGCGCCCCUCACAAGGUGCCCGUUGCGCUGCGGCACCUCAGGCUGGCGGGUCCGGCCCGAGGCAGCGCGGCGAUGCGUCAGCCGAGCCGCCCGCUCAGCACGGGGAGUGGGCCUGCCUGGUGGCCUCCACCUGGCCGCUCCACGUGCUCGGCGACCCCGCGCGGCAGCCGCGCGCCGUGCGCUCGCCGGAGGAGUUCGCCCGGGCCCUGCUGCUCGAGGACCACCUCGAGGACGUCGUGGUGCUCCGCGGCGGCCUCGGCGCGACCGGCCUGGAGGAGGAGGCCGCUCUGCCCGGCUGGGUCACCGAGGCGUUGGACGGUGCGGAAGGCUCCGUGCUGAGCUUCCUCCGGGGGCUGAGUGCCGAGGCGCUCUCGGCGCACAAGGCCGCCCUCGAGUACGUCGACGAGCUCGGGGUGCAGCGCGAGGUGUUGCCGCGCCCUUACCCUUUCUCUGCAAGCCCGACCGCCCGCACAGCUUCGAGUCAAGAGAGACUCGUGCAAGCGUAA